UGCAGGACGUCACCGCGGACUGCAGGGGCCAAGCUGUGUCCGCACGCCACCGCUGCUGUCGCGCAGCCCCACGCCAGCUCGGGGGGCCCGUCGCCGCCAUCGCCGGAGAAGUCCCUGCCGCUCGGUCGCUGCCACCUGGGUGCAAAGCGAGAUGGCGUCUGCCACAGACUCUCGCUAUGGGCAGAAGGAGUCCUCAGACCAGAAUUUCGACUACAUGUUCAAGAUCCUAAUCAUCGGCAACAGCAGUGUGGGGAAGACGUCCUUCCUCUUCCGCUAUGCCGACGACUCCUUCACACCCGCCUUUGUCAGCACUGUGGGCAUCGACUUCAAGGUCAAGACCAUCUACCGCAAUGACAAGAGGAUCAAGCUGCAGAUCUGGGACACGGCAGGGCAGGAGCGGUACCGCACCAUCACUACCGCCUACUACCGUGGUGCCAUGGGCUUCAUCCUCAUGUACGACAUCACCAACGAGGAGUCCUUCAAUGCUGUGCAGGACUGGUCCACUCAGAUCAAGACCUACUCAUGGGACAACGCCCAGGUGCUGCUGGUGGGCAACAAGUGUGACAUGGAAGAUGAGCGAGUGGUGUCGUCAGAGCGUGGCCGGCAGCUGGCUGACCACCUUGGGUUUGAGUUCUUUGAGGCGAGCGCCAAGGACAACAUCAAUGUGAAGCAGACCUUCGAGCGCCUGGUGGACGUCAUUUGUGAGAAGAUGUCUGAGUCCUUGGACACGGCCGACCCUGCGGUCACAGGCGCCAAGCAGGGCCCGCAGCUCACCGACCAGCAGGCACCACCGCACCAGGACUGUGCCUGCUGAGGGCCCCGCCCCGCCCCGCCCCCUGGGGUGGCAGUCCCACCCCCGCCACCCCACCCCUUAUUUAUUAUCGUAGCUAUUUAUUUAUUUAUUUAUUGAUGAAGCCCUACCCUGCUCCACGCAGCUCCCAUCUCCCUGUUGGUUUUUCUAAUCCCCCAUCACAGUUGCUGGUUGUACAGAGGGGGCCAGGUGACACCCGGAGCAGGCUAGUCUGGUGACUGGAGGUGGCUGCCUGCCUGCCCUGGGCUCUGUGGGGGCCCAGGCCACUACUCUGGGGACCCUGUGGACCAGGGGUCAGUGUCUGGCAAUGACAGCCAGGUCCGUACUGCACGGUCCCAGCUUCCUGGGUGGGUGGGGUGCCAAGGGCCCCCCAGACCUGUUCUGAUGACACGAGUGUCAAAUGUGCCCCCCAGCCCCCUAGGAAAUGUCAUGACACCACCACACUCCAAUAAAGCGAAUGGACCACGCGG